CUUGAUGUCAACCCCGAUUCGCGGUACACUGCCUUGAAGGCUCGGCCAAGUCCAUUGGGCUUGUGCGGAUGGGAAAUGCGGCCUUGAUGGGCACUGGCGUAGAUCUCAUCAAUAAAGGACGAAUCACGAUUGGAAACCACGCGGUCGAAGGGUCGCUGCAUGGCUGGGCUGCGAUCGCACCACAUGCUCCGCUCUGCGCCCUUCAACAUGAUCGUGCGCCUUGGUCCAUCGAGGACGAGGCAUGCGACACCCGUGGCUGGCUCACAGUAGCCGAGAUCACCAUGCAAGAACGCGAGCACGUCCUCUGCCAUGGCUGCCUUUCGCGACUUAGACACGCAUAUCCUCAGAAGGUGCUGGCGGGCCACGUAGUAAUCCAUGCCUCCACGGCAAGGGACGGCCACCAGGUCGAUUGUCUGGCGCAAAGCUCCUACACAGAACUUGCGAUUGCCGCUAGGGGCUGCGUGGGAAUAUGCACAGAUACUCCCCUUCAUCCCCUCAUCCGCAUUUUCAAGACCUGCGCGACAGACCGCAGACAUGUAGGCAGCUCAUUCACGAUCGGCCUCUCAUUACGUGAUUGCGCCAUUCGUGAUGCACGAACCUUGCACACCCAUGGUCGAAGACCGUCACUAUCCGCCAAAGUUCAUUGGGCGCGAGCUCGGAUGCUGCGGAUCAAGGUGGGGCGUGCCGGGGCUCCAGCUCCUCCUCCCGCGUUGCAUUGCGCUCGAGCUAUCCUUGACCACAGCUUUGAUGUUCAGUCAGCGUACCGUAGGAGCGAGUCCAAGUCAUGGUACGGGAGCUGAGGUCGUCGGACUUGGAUGGACUCGAAGCAUCAGAUGAGUCGGUCAAGCCCCUAGCUGCAACCUCUUUCGCCUCUCGCGCGCGAUUUCACAUGAGCUUUCUCCGAAAGUUAAUUGCGCUAAUGCAAGUCUGCGUCGGUCCACGAAGCCUCACGUUUCAUGCUUCAUCAGCAAUCUGCAGCAAGGCGAAGCUGAAAGCUGCUUUCCGAGGCCGAUUUAUGACAUGAUUCAGAUACCCCGACGUUGGUCGACCAUGCAGCAGGCUGUGCCCCCGCUUAAGCCUCCGACAAGGCAGGAAGCGCCUGCGGAGACAUCCAUCUGCGACGCACGCACGUGCUGUAGUGGCGCUUUUGGUCGCUUAAAUGAAAAAGCCACCCGUAAGGAUACAGGAGUAGAAGAGACUUAUAAUUGCUG